AUGGCAAUGAACCGCGUGGACGGGAAAGACGAGUUGUUCGUCGGCGGUAUCUGGGCCCUCCGUCGUCCGUCGGCUCUUAGGGAGCGCAACAUCACGCACAUUCUCUCGGUCGUGCGCUUCGAUCCAGCCGGUCUCAAAAGCGAGACGGACACGUGGGAGAACUAUGGCAAGACCUUCAAGCAUAUGGUCAUCGACAUUGAUGACGUUGAGGACUCCGACAUCCUCGUCCACCUGCCCAAGGCCGUGCGCUUUAUUGACCAGGCCCUGUAUCCGCAGGACUACCAUCACGACGCCGAUGGCGCCGAGGACGAGACGCAGCAGGCGCAGAGCUUCAAGGGCAAGGCCAAGCGUCUGAGGGCGGCCGUGGAAAAGGAUGAGGAGGCUAUCUCAUCCGAGUCGGAAUCCGAGGUCGGAGCGGCUGUAACGGCGACGACGACGACGGAGGAUCCGGACGCCAUCAAGCCCGCCCCGUUGUUCGCUAAGCUGAACCUCGAUGCCGAGAAGCCCGACCCCGACGCCCCCGGCGGAGUCUACGUCCACUGCGCUAUGGGCAAGUCCCGCUCCGUCUCCAUCGUCGUCGCCUACCUGCUCUGGAAACACCCCGAGCGUUUCGGCCGCGCUCCCGCCUCCGCCGCCGCCGCUCAGCAGAGCUCCUCCGAGCCCGACGACGCCGCCACGGACCGUGCUUCGGCCGCCGUCGCCGCCGCCGUCAAGUGGGUCCGCAAUACGCGCGAGAUCGCCGAGCCGAACCCGGGCUUCAUCAAGCAGCUCGAGAUGUGGUGGGCGAUGGGCUGCCCGGACGACGUCGAGUCGCACCCGAUCUACCGGCGCUGGGACUUCCGGCGCGAGAUUGACGAGAGCCUGGCAGCGGGGCAGGCGCCGAGCCGGCUGCGCUUCGAGGACGAGGAGACGAGCGAGGAAAAUACGGCGGCGCAGGCCGUCGGCGGCAAGGAGGCGCGGUGCAAGAAGUGCCGGAAGACGCUGGCGACGUCGCGCUUCGUGCUGCCGCACGAGCAGGACGAGCUGGGCAAGGCGCGAGGUCAGACGUGCGGGCACGUGUUUGUAGAGCCGCUGAGCUGGAUGCGCGAGGAACUGGAGAAGGGCGCGCUGGAGGGGCGGCUGAACUGCCCGAACGGCAACUGCGGCGCCGCCGUCGGGCGGUACAGCUGGAGGGGCUUCCGUUGCAGCUGCGGCGGGUGGGUGACGCCGGGAUUCAGCCUGCAGAAGGGGCGAGUCGACGAGGUCGCCGUGAGGGUGCCGGGGGCCGCCGCGGCCGCGGCUGGGAUGGCGUCGCUGGGAAUCCGGAUGCCUCCCGGGGCGGGGAGGCUGUGA